AUGGCCACCUCCGGUUCAUGCAUGAACCUGCUAAGGAGAAAUCCCACCUUCCAGCCUGUUCAUCCUAUCCAUCCUGCUCUUCAUCCUCCUCUCCAUCCUCCUCUUCACCCUCUCGGCUCAGACACACAUUCCUUCCUGACACACAUUCCUUCCCAUCAGUCUUCGAUGCUACAUGAGCAAAUACUCAACCUUCAACCGUAUUUCAACCUAAUCCACCUGAAUCACACACAUAGACCUCCGCACACACCGGGCUCUCUGUCAGGCUUCAGCAGCCCUGCUUCAUCCUCCUCUUCCUCUCCAAACAAAGACGCCUUCAUGAACCCUCAGAGGAUAGACGAAUCGAAGCGCACUUACAGUUUCACCCAGGAGGAUUUAUUCACUGUGCUCUAUGGAUACAGUAAAGACCACCAACAGGGGGUCGGACACGCCAUCUCAGGACUGAUGUUACCUAAUGACCCAGUUUCUGACCUGCUGCCCGCCAACAUCGACACGGAAAGCCUCGAACUGCCUGAAGGUCUGUGUGUGCUCCGGUGUUCGUGUGCCGGUGUUCCUCACUGUGGGGUUUUUGCCGCGCGCAACUCUAUACCGAAAGGCACGCGCUUCGGGCCGUACCGGGGGAAAGCGGUGAACACAAGCGAGAUCAAAACACACCACGACAACACACUCAUGUGGGAGAUCUUUGAGAAGGGCCGGUUGAGCCACUUUGUGGACGGCGGCGGCGCGCGCGGCAGUUGGAUGUCGCUGGUGCAGUGCGCGCGCUUCCCCGAGGAGCAGAACGUAGUGGCGGUGCAGCGCGCGGGCCGCAUUUACUACGAGACAUGCCGAGAGAUUCGCCCACUGCAGGAGCUGCUGGUGUGGUACGGAGACACCUACACCCUGUACAUGGGCAUCCCCAUGUCCCUCAGACAGGAGGAGGAAGAAGAGGAAGAGCAGGACGGAGACUCGGCUGAGGGCUAUAAAUGUGAUCGAUGUGGAAAGGUCUUCGCUUACCGCUACUACAGAGAUAAGCACCUAAAGUACACGCGCUGUGUGGAUCAGGGUGACCGGAAGUUCCCCUGCCAUCUCUGUAACAGAUCGUUCGAGAAGAGAGACCGACUGCGCAUCCACAUCCUGCACGUGCACGAGAAACACCGACCGCAUAAGUGCUCUGUGUGCGGCAAAAGUUUUUCCCAGUCCUCGAGCCUCAACAAGCACAUGCGCGUGCACUCCGGAGAGCGGCCUUACAAAUGCGUCUACUGCAACAAGGCUUUCACUGCCUCCAGCAUCCUUCGCACACACAUCAGGCAACAUUCAGGUGAAAGGCCAUUUAAGUGCAAACACUGCGGGAAAGCCUUCGCCUCUCACGCGGCCCACGACAGCCACGUACGCCGGAGCCAUGCCAAAGACAAACCGGUGGCCUGUGAUCUCUGUGACAGCACGUUCGAGCAAGCAGAGGAGCUUAAAGAGCACAUGAAGAUCCACAAGAAACGCCCGCUCAUGCAGUCUCCGGCUCUUCCUUCCUCUCCUGGAACACAUGCAUCAGAUCAGACCGGCCCUUUAAACAGCGAAUGUGUCCGAGUGCAGCGUGACAUCACCACGAGUUUCCCACCUUUUCCAGGAAUCCCUUCCAGUUACAGACCAUGGAAUUAACUCACACACCACUAUGACUCCAUCCACUGACAUACUACACAGCAUGGCUGCGAUCCGAUCAAGACAGCUCAGGCAUUUGUGGUGUGUUCAAAAUAAUAAACUAGCCUAGCUUGGUGCCAGGUCAUGAUAAGCUAGGCUAUCUGCGCAAACGUCGGUGCAUUGGGCUCGGAUCUUCAGGAACAUCCUGGAGCCUGAUAAUAAUAACCAUCUGGCCAUUCCAGAAAUAGAGCUGAACAGUGCAGGGUCUGGAAGAAAAUGUCAUUUGUGACGGCUGUUAUAAAUGAGUUAUAUAAUACGCUACUCAGUUCAGGUUUUUUUUGUAUAUACUGUGAUUAAGUCCCUCUAAAGUCGAUCAGAAAUGUAUCACAAACAUGGAAGUCGCCGCUCAGGACCAUCCACAGCCUUUAUUUUUCCCAGAAGCACCAUGACGUUUGUUAGUCCCAUAGAUAAGCUGGUGAAUAAGGCCACAACUGGUGGCUCUGUGGUGCAGCAUGGAACAUUACCAGUCCUGGGCCUGUGCUUCUGUCUGCGUUCAUUUGUUUUAAUGUCAAUUCAGGUUUCCUUUGGGUUCUUCAGUUUCCUCCCAUCUUCUAAAACCAUGCUAGUAGUUGAAAUGGCUCUGCUUAAUGUGUGUGCAUGAACACUUCACGUUCCAUAUUCCCGGGAUAGACCCCGGAUCCACCUGGACUCUUUCCUCGAUCAGGAUAAAGCAGCUACUGAAUGAAUGAAUGAACUGUAUGAAUGAAUGAGGCUCAAACCCUGAGACAAAUCAUUUGACUAGAUUUACACACAAUCAUUACCGACAGGAAUCUUUAAUCCUUAACAGCAGGAACUCUUGAGGAAAUUCCAUGAGUAAAAGCACCUCAGUGAGAGAAACUUCCAGAAGCAAGUCCUGUUCAGCUCUAUUAGAGUACUAUUAAUAAAAUGUCGGUCUUUUCUUCUAUUUAAUACACCUGUA